UUCUUAAAAAUGACUAGUAAAACGUCUUAUAUUAAGACAUACUUUUUGCAGUGAAGUCACCUGAUCUCCUCUAGUCAGGGGUUUUCAGGGUCGCAGAAUCCGAAUUUUUGGUAGAAAAUUAAAAAUGUCGAUAAGAAAAUUGAAAAUUUUUAGUCAGAUUAAUUGACUUUUACAUUUUUUAGCCGCUAUUUUUAAUUUUUAAUUUUUUACAGAAAAUUCGAAUUUAGCGACCUUGAAAACAUACAAUACGAUGUUUUAUUUAAAAAAAUUUUUUUGAACAUUUAUGACAUGAAAACUUUAUUUUCACUGGGCUGUGAAGGUGUUAAAAUAUUCUGCGGAUAUCCCGGGCUGUGAGGAUAGCAUCGCAGCAUAAAAAGUAUUACUAAUAUUACACUUAUUACCAAUUAUUAUAGGCUAAUACAGAGGUAUUAUAGAGUAUUAGAGAAUAUUACACAUAUCAAGAAGGUUGUACAGUUAAUUCUAUAUCUAACUUUCAAUGUUUCUGCUUAUUUCAUAAGUAUGUACAUGUCAAAUAUUUAUUAUGAAAACGCUGCAUAUUCCAGAUACGAAGAAAGAAGCCUUGGAGAAAAUGAAAACGGAGAGAUUAAAAUAUCCUCCAAUUAGCAUAGGCAUUCCACCAUCAUCGUCUGAAUCUGAGACUGAAAAGUCAAAUAAAAGGGACAAUUCUGUAAAAAAUAUGAAACGUGUCCUCAAAGGACUACGACUAACAAUUACACCAAAAUUAUAAGUAAUAAUAAUUUUAAUCCUAAUUCUACUGACGAUGACGUGGAUGACUUUGAGGAUGAUGAUGGUAAUAAUGAUGAUAAUGAUCAUGAAGAUAACGGCUUUCACGAUGAUGAUAACUUGGUAGAAAAUAAUAAACUAGCGAAAAUGAUUUCUUUCAAACGAACCAACACUGAAAAUUCAACUAUGGGAGAAAUGAAAAAGAGAAAAUUGUCCUGUUAUGAGAAUGAUGAUCACUCAAGUGAGAUUAGAAGAUUAACAGAACAGAUGUCUAUAUUGAAAAAGAAAGUGGAAAAGCAGUAUGAAGAAAUAGAAGGUUUGAAAAAUACAUUAAAAACAAUAGAUGCAGAAAUACAUGAUUUAAAUCGCCGAAAUGUUGGUCUUUAAAAUAAACUACUUUCAAGAUUAGAUGAAUUGGAUAAAAAUGUUGAGGAUAUUGAAAUUGGUACUGCCGAAGCUUCUGGAAAGCAAACUUUUGAAAAAGUUGGGGCAAUAGAAAAGAACAAGGUACAUCUAGGCAACAAUAUUUGGAUAGACCAAAGUAAAUAUGAUGUAGUGGCACUUUCUUCAAAGUCACCAAAAAUUUAUAUAAAUAAAUUAGAUGAAGCAUGUUUCGGAUUCCAAACGCUUAUAAACAGUAGCGUUACUGGAAAGGUGUCUAAUAGAACUAGAAAAACUAAUUCUAUGGCACGUCCACGCCUCGAUCCCCAAAAAAUAUGUGCUAUACAAGAAUCUUUCGAAAAUUGGGCUAAACAAUGUACACCGCCAUACGAUAAGGUGUCGAUACAAGUUUUUAAAAAUGAUGUUCCGACUACUAUUAGCCAGUAUAUUACGAAGUUGAGACAACGGCACUGCGAAAGAUUUACUAAAGUUCUGGCUUCUGCGGAGGAGCACUCUGUAAUCAAUGACGAUCCAUUACAUAUUGAGAACCUUGUACAGAUUGAGGACCAACAAAGCUGUGAGAAAAAUGAAGGAGCACCUCAUGAAUUGGAUGACAAUUUACUGAUUAAUAAUGUUGCAGUAAUGAGGGAAAGACCACAAAUUUUGUCUAUUCAGGAAAAAGUGCUGCGGUUUAAUGAAAUUUAAUUCUGAAAAAUAAUUUUUAUAUUAAGAUUUAUGUACAAAUUAUUUAAUAAUAAAAAAGUGCAAAAAGUAAA